CCCAAGCAGUGGCUGUAAAGGACGGCCACUGGGAGCAGAAGCACUUUAAGUGACUGCUGGCGACAUUUGGUUGCUUUACGAGCGUCGUAGUAACUGGCAGGGACGUAAGCGUCUUCAUGAGGCUUGCAAUGAUUGCAGAGACUGGUGAGGCAUGCAGCAGUAGCAGCAGAAUGUUUGUCAAAAAGAAGAAGAAGCCAAUAAUAUCGGCACCCACCAACUUCGAGCAUCGUGUGCACACUGGAUGGGACCGCAAGGAAGGUCGCUUUGUGGGACUCCCGCCUCAAUGGGCUUCCCUCAUACAGACAGGGCAGGAGAGGCCCAAGCCCAUCAUCGACCCCUCUCAUAUCACUCCUACGGAAAUGUUGGACAUGAAGUUGCAUACCAUAGUGCGAGGUCCGUCGUCUGGCGGAAUGUGUGGAGCCGUUCGUGUGCUCCCUGGAGGCCAGCAUCCAGGCCAUUUGGGCAAGGGGCCCAUGUCGGUAACACGGUCAAAUUCCCUACGCAAGGAGAGCCCCCCAACAAUCCACAGGGAUUGGGGACGACUCCCACCCCCCGUCCCGGAGGGCGAAGUCGUGGAUGGAGUGCCUCCCGGUUCCCCCUCGGAAGGCCGUGCUCUUCCUCCGCAUGCCCACUACAAACAGGGACCUCCCUAUCCCCAUCCGCAGCAAGGCAUGCACAAUGGGGGAUAUUACAAUGUCGGUGGAGGACAUCAGCAAGAAAUGCCCAAUGGCCAACAUUCACAGCAGCAAGCGUGGUACGGCUCCCGAGGUGAAGUGGGCCAGCAACAGCAGCCAGCCCCCACACCACCUAUGCCCCAUUCUCAGCACGGACCAGGACAGCACAUGGGAAGUCUUCCCAGACGCAACUGGGAGGAACGCUACGAGACACCGCCGGAGUGGGACACCUCCGGCGGCCGUCCUUCUCCCCAGCAGCAGAGACCCCAGGGGACGGGGGGGAAACAGCAGCCCAUGGGACACCACAUUCCAAACGGGAAAGUUCCUCCGCCACAAGGAACAGUAAAUGGGAGUGGACGCAGCGGACAGGCGAUGCCCUUUGUCCAAGAGCAUGCAAGAAACUAUUCACCUUCACCAUAUCAGCAGAUGCCAUCUCCGCAUCCUCAACAGCAGCAAAGGGUGUCUCCACAACAGCCAGGCGCUGCAGCAGAACCUCCGAACAGCCGUCCUCCUAGCACGUACCCUCAGCCGGUGGGACCCGUGGGAAAGCCUAUGGGAACGAAGGAACCGCCAGCAGCUCCUCCCAAACCAAGGAUGGAGCAUCACCCACUUCAUCAACAACCUCAUCCUCAGCCUCACAUGCAGCAGCAGCCUCACCCUCCGCAGCCAAUGCAACAGCCUCCUCCGCCACAUAUGCAGCCAUCUCACCAGCAGCACCAGCAGUCCCACGGGACACUCCCUCAGCAGUCAUCUCAGCAACAUGUGCAGCAACUUCAUCCGCAGCCUCAUGGGCCACCUUAUCAGCAGCAGCCUCUUCAACCUCAGGGGCAGCUUCCUCACCAGCAACUUCCUCAGCCGCAGCAGUUACCUGGACAGCUUCCUCACCAGCAAAUUCCGCAGCCACAGCAGGUACCUGGACAGCUUCCUCACCAGCAACCUCCUCAGCCGCAGCAGGUGCCCGGGCAGCCUUCUCACCAGCAGCCCCAACAUCACAACCAGCUUGCAUCAGCAGAAAAUAUGAGGGACCAGGUUUCUAAGAGCGGUCAAGGAAACUCUGUUCCCCAAGGAACAGAUCAACAUGUGCAGCCACCUGCAAACAAGCACCCUGCCGGCCACCACCCACCCGAACACCAAAGGUUGUCUCACGAGCAGUUCCGAGCGGCACUGCAGAUGGUUGUGAGCGCAGGCGAUCCUCGAGACAACUUGGAUAACUUUGUCAAAAUUGGCGAGGGUUCCACUGGCAUUGUGUGCAUCGCCACUGAAAAGCCAGGGGGACGUCAGGUGGCUGUGAAGAAGAUGGACUUGAGGAAACAGCAGAGAAGGGAGCUGCUUUUUAACGAGGUUGUAAUCAUGAGGGACUACCAUCACCCCAACAUUGUGGAAAUGCAUGACAGUUUCCUCGUUGGUGACGAGCUCUGGGUCGUCAUGGAAUUUCUGGAAGGUGGAGCGCUGACAGAUAUUGUCACUCAUGCCAGGAUGGACGAAGAGCAAAUAGCAACAGUAUGCAAGCAGUGCCUCAAGGCUCUGGCUUUCCUUCAUUCUCAAGGGGUCAUCCACAGGGACAUCAAGUCCGAUUCCAUUCUUCUGGCCAGUGAUGGAAGGGUCAAACUCUCGGACUUCGGCUUUUGUGCCCAAGUGUCCCCGGACCUCCCGAAGAGGAAAUCACUCGUAGGAACUCCCUACUGGAUGGCUCCCGAAGUCAUAUCACGUCUCCCAUAUGGGCCAGAGGUCGACAUCUGGUCUCUAGGCAUUAUGGUGAUUGAAAUGGUGGAUGGUGAACCUCCUUUUUUCAACGAGCCUCCCCUGCAGGCAAUGCGUCGCAUUCGCGACAUGCCGCCUCCCAAAUUGAAGAACACUCAUAAGGUUUCCCCACGGCUGCAAGGCUUCUUGGAGAAGAUGCUGGUACGAGACCCAGGCCAACGAGCAACAGCAUUUGAGCUGCUGCAGCACCCAUUCCUACGGCAAGCGGGACCGCCAAGCUUGCUUGUUCCUUUGAUGCGCAGUUUUAGACAUAGCCCCUGCUGAUAGCCGCGAAGGCGUGUCUUUGGCAGUCGGACAGCAUUUCAGAGGAGAAACGAUUUUGAAGAACGGCUGACGGGUCCCCUAGCGAAAGAUAGUAAGUUGAGUGUGCUGGGCACUACCACCUUCAGAAUAUGGCUGUACUGUUGUCUUCCUCUGCGUGAUGACUACAUUCUUCGGAUGAACUCUUCAAUGUCUUCUCAGCAAUGACAGCGGGAUAGUUUGCUGUGUGUGGCGAACUGUUCGGCGCUGCCGUGAUCGGAAUCGGGAAUCACGUUACACUCUCUUGUUGAACUGCCGUUCUAUUUUUAUGAAUGUCUCUAGAUUUUACACUGAUAGCUCAUACCCAAAGGCACUUGAAAUUGUUCUCAUUUCUGCUCAUUCAUUACUGCUAUCGUUUUGACUAAAUACCUGGCCUAAAGCCCCUAAUGUCGCGUGCAAGGCCUCGGACAUUGUGUCUCCGUGUGCUACUGAUUCCUUGUUCUACCCACUGCAGUGUUGCUUUUCAUGCCACCACAUCACAACAAUGUUUCAGACUGGUGUUUUAGCCCAAGGGGGGUUGGAGCACGACUGGAAAAGCGAGCUUGAUAUCUAUACUAAACAAAUCUAGGAGCUUUUAGAUGCACACAUGCAUAGCAAUACAUUGCAAGACUUUCUUUAUGUAUACUAACAUUUUUUCUGAGCUUUAUUGCACAUUGUGAAAUGAAUGCUGUUGUUUUAUUGCUUUGCUGUCAGUGAGAUAUGUUGUGGAUAAAUUGAUAUAGUAUAAGUGCAAAGGAUCGUUAGAUUCAUCAAUAAUGUAGGGAUACAGAACAUUUUCUUCACUGACAGAAAUUUCUUUAUGUGUUUGACUGUUGUUACAUGACACAUACCAUUCUGCUAUGCAUUCCAACUUGUUAUUCGAGUCACCUUCUGCUGUUGCACUUUCUGUGUCCAUUUUUGCCAACUGCUCGUGCCAUCAUUUUACUCGCAAUAUUCCGUACUCUGGUGUCCCACACAACCAUGUCCACAUUCUAAACUAGCAAACACACCACGCCUAUACGUGUUACUUAGCAUUGCAGUUAACUGUGACUGCCAUGUGUCCGUCAGGACAUGUAAGAAAGGCACUGAAAAUGAGAUUUCCUACCAUGCACACACCGACAAUGUUUCCGAUCCACCAACAUUCCCAUAGGCAAUGUGGAGUAGCUAGCAUGCUUGCUACUUUUCUAUAGGUGCUGCGUAUUGAUUGCGUCACAGCAUUUUAAGACCGCUAGUUCUUCCAAGCCGUCCACUAGGUAGCACACAUCCUGCAAGUGUUUUCCAUUGCCUACAGACAUUUCUGUGAUUACCUGCACUGUGCAACAUCACUGCAUGCAAGAGUUGACCAGUACACAGGGUCUGGCAGCACAUACCUGCGUUUUUGGCUGCAUACUGUUUUGUGCCUAUUGUCUCGAAACAUUUUAAUUUUCAUUACAUUUCAUGCAGUUCCGUGUGUGGGUUGUUUGAAUUGGCAGCACUCAGCACUUGUUUGUCAUGUAAACAUGACUGCGGCGGCAGUUUAUUGCCACUAGGAACUGCAAGAAACUUUUAGCCUCUUUGUCCUACGAUCAUUCCUGUAUAUUCUCACUCAAACUUUUCUACUUGGGUUUCAUGCCAUUAGGAUCGUAACUUUUGCAUUUAUUACUAAUUGCCAUUCCCUGCUUUGUCAAUUUUAUCGUUGAGGGUGUACAUAGAUAGAGAAAAUUUUCAAUUUCUGCUCUGUGUAAAUCAUGUACCCAAGUGCAAAGUGUGUCUGCCUUCACUUUUAAGGUCACAAUGAGGUGCUGCAGCUUUUGCAUUUUCUUACGAACAAAUUCCAUUCUAUCUCAUUUUGCCUCUCGCUUUGUAAAUUGUACAGUUUGUUUUCUUGGAGAGAAGCUUGGUGAUGAUAGUGUGGCUCUCGGAAGAUGCAAACAUGCAUCACAAAAGGGAUUUCACUGUGAGUACAAGCGAAGCUUGAAAUUUUUUGAAGAGGCACUGAAAUGUUUUGAAGAGGUGCUUAUUAGUACACACUACUAUAUACCUGCACAACGUAUCUAUGUGAACUCAUUAAACUGCUAUGUUAGUGGGAGUUCUAGAAAAGAAAUAGUCCAGCUACCUAGCUUUUGCCGACCUUGCUGCAUGCUGAAAUUGUGCUGUAAAUACUGGUUCUCUGUACAUUGUGAUACUUCACGCUUUCCUUUUAUACACACGAAAAGUAUAUAUAUAUAUUGUAUACCACGGGGAAUUGCAGCUUUUUAUACUGUCGUGAAAGAAUAAAGAUUAACCUUUCUACAAUG